UUGUUCUGUGAUUAUUUGUGUCUGAGGUACGCUGCCAGAGCACAACCUAUAAGCAGACAUUUUAUUGUGAAUGAAUUAUGAUUAUAUGCAUAAACUACAAAGUAAUUACCCUUAGUGUGUUAGUGGUUAUAUUGGAAGGAUUGCCUAAGAGACAUGUCAGACGGGUUCCUUCAGUCAUGUCUCACCACUGAACAUGCAGCCUUGUAAGAUAAUAUUAAAUGUAAAAUUACCCUGUUUGGACUGAAAGUUGAUGUCCAUGUCACCCAGCUCAUCUGAGUCAUGAGAAAACACACCCUGCAGAGGACUCAGUGUGCGCUGCUGGUCUUUGGUUUCAUCUGGUGUCUGAGUUUGCCAUAUUUCAUCCUGUACAAUGCUGACAAGGAGGGCAUCAGCGCGACAAGUCACAACAGACUGAGGCUGAAUGGCAAAGCGUGGAUGGAGACGAGCAGGGCUGAAGACCUAAUGAAGAGGAUUGUCAAGUUUGUUGAUGAUCUCCUAAGCCUUGUGGAACCCUCAAGUGAGCUUCCUGUACUACCUGUUUCAAAGGACUACAUGGGAGAAUUAAGGGCACUCCAGAUUGAAAUGAGGGCAGAGAAAAAGAAAGGACAAAUGAGGGAUGAAAUCGUUGCGGAGCUGCGUUCUGAUAAACUCAAACUGCAGCAACAAGUGUCAAAUUUGGAGAAACUCCUAAAGCUACAGGCAGAGAAGGACGGACAAAAGAAGGAUGAGAUGGUUAAGGAUCUACGUUCUUAUUCACUCCAACUGCAGCAACAAGUGGCUCACUUUGAGGAACUCCUCAAACUACAGGCGGACAAGAACGACACGAAAGUUCAACAAUCCGAUAAUCAAACCAAAGAGGAUGACAACUGCCCACUGCCACCCGUGGAUGGAUACCCACAGUGUAAGGGGAAAAUAAAGUGGAUGAAGGAGAUGUGGAAGACUGACCCUUGCUACAGCAGUUAUGGAGUGAAUGGAUCGCUCUGCUCCAUCCUUAGCUACCUCAGUGAGAUAGAGUCCUGGUGUCCUGUGCUCCCAGGCCGAGUGAUCCCCUCAGCUUCAGGACAAAACUCUGAGGUGAGGUCUAACCUUGCAGAGGUACGAUACAGUCUAACAGGCCUGUAUCCAUCUUUGGAAAACAGAGUCCAGUUCCGUUGGAUUCAGCAAAGAAUGCGCAGUAUGGAAGAGAUUUGGGUCAAAGCUGCACACUCUCUUUCAGCCAAAUACAACCUCACAGAUCGGAAAGCUAAACAUAUCCUGGUACAUCCUGGUGUGGUGACAGAUGAAUCAGGUGUUGGAAUAGCAAAGGCUGCCUUCAGUGGGGGCCCCCUUGGUGAACUAGUCCAGUGGAGUGACCUUAUCUCGACCCUUUACAUCCUAGGUCACCAUCUUAACCUCUCUGCUUCCCUGCACGACCUCAAGCUUUUACUGGGGAUUAAGACAGGUGGCUGCCCAGCCCGUCCUCCUGUGAAAAUAAAUCUUAUCUAUACAGACAUUAUGGGCCUUCGACAGAUUCGAGCAGUAUUACAGAAUUCUUGGACCAAAUACAAGUGUAUGAUUCGUGUGCUGGACUCUUUUGGCACUGAGCCAGACUUCAAUCAUGCAGCUUGGGCCCAAAAGCACAACCUUAAGAGACCAUUUGGUGGCCUGAACCUGAUCCCACUGCAGUUCUACACUAUGUUUCCUCACACACCAGACAACACAUUCCUGGGAUUUGUCGUGCAGCAUCCGAAUGGCUCUGAAGAAUCUGAGUGGCUCAAGUCUACCAGAAGACAAAACCAGGCACUUGUGUAUGGCAAGCAUGCCAAGUUUUGGGAGGGUAAAGAAGCUUAUCUGGACAUUAUCCACAAGUACUUAGAAAUCCAUGGGACGGUUGACAACAGCGCUCCGAUUCCAAGCUAUGUGAAAAACCAUGGCAUUAUCAAAGGCACUGAGGUACAGACCCUGCUGAGACAGAGCAAGGUUUUUGUAGGAUUGUCUUUUCCAUACGAAGGUCCCGCCCCGUUGGAGGCCUUAGCCAAUGGCUGUGCUUUCCUGAACCCCAGGUUACACCCUCCACAUAGCAGCUUGAACACACAGUUCUUCAAGGAAAAGCCUAACAUCAGAGAGGUGACAUCCCAGCAUCCCUAUGCAGAGGCCAUAGGAGAGCCCUACGUAUGGACGGUGGAUAUGCACAACUCCACAGAUGUGGAGAGAGCUCUCGCUGCUAUCUUAAAUCAGAGUAUUGAGUCCUACCUUCCCUAUGAGUUUACUUGUGAAGGGAUGCUCCAGAGGGUCAGCGUCCUGGCUGAUAAACAGGACUUUUGUUCGAGUACGGGGAGCUGGCCCCCACUGAGCGCGCUCCACGUUGUGAAGGCAGAGGUGAACACUUCCUGUAAACAGGCUUGCCAGAAGGAGGGGCUGAUCUGUGAACCUGCAUUCUUCCCACAUCUUAACAACACAGUGAAUCUUGCCAACUACAAUGUGGAUUGUCAAACAUCAGAGCUUUCUGACAGUCACAUGGUGCUUCCAGCCUACAAAAGCAGUAGUAAACACUGUCUCUUCCCAUCUGAUCCCCUGCUCUUCAGCUGUGUGAGAUCAGACCAGUCCUGGAUUCGCAUCUGCCCCUGCAGAGACUACAUUAAGGACCAGAUAGCCUUAUGCAAGGCAUGUAUCUGACUGUUGGAUGGAAAACAAAAACCUACAUCCUUACUCUGCCCAUAAAGAUCAUGAAAAAGUUGACAAAAAUUAUUUAUGUGGGUUUCAUCUGAGUGUUCCGAAUCACAGCUCACAAACACGCGUUACCUGGAUGCCACUGUUUCACACAGAAGGACCAGUUGGACUACAGUUUCAGAUUGUGUUGAACACAAAGUGUUUAAGUGAUGAAGAACAGCAACUUUUUAUUAUUUUUUUUUUUUAUUAGUAUUUAAAGCUGGUUUGCUGCCAUUUGGGAGAUGGCUGUAUGUUGUAAUAUGUGCACUGAUAAAAAAACUAACAACAGUUUUAUCACUGGUCACUCCAAAUGUGACACUUUACACCUUAACAAAUGCAAAAUAUCUCUCUGAUUGGGCUGGAAAGAUUAAAUGAACGUUUUGUGGCAAUUUAAAGCAUUCUUGCAAACUAACUAACGUGGAUGAGCAUUUUUCUGUGGAUCCAUAAAUAAAUACACAGCUGCUGCUUGUCAAUGACGUGAACCAUCCAGGGUGUUUCACAGUCUCCCAUGAGCCUGAAAAUAAGUAAGAAGACAAAGGGGAUGGAUUACAGUUCACCAGCCAUCUCCUCGAGGUGCACUUAAUGUACUUUGUCUUUCCAGACGACAGAGAGAGCAGGCCUGCGAUGAUGAUGCAAACGUGUGAAAUUGAAUCAGAGCAGGUGAGAGAACAUACUGAAGUGAGAAAUACUUUUUAUCACAAAAUGUAUUGUCUUACUGGUCUCUUCGAAAUAACCCUCCGCCAAAAACCUGCAAUGUCCGCCACAGAGAAGUCUGAUGUAUGGUUAUGUAGCAUGGUAUUCUGUAUGUGUAGCAUUCCACAGAUUUAUGGCAUUGAUGCUAGAUAAGUGGAGGAAAGUAAAACUCUGCAGGAUCAAGUUCUGCUCAGCUUGUAAGUAGUAAGUAAGAAGUCUCUAAACAAGUUUAAAGAAUAGUUCAUUUGCUCACUGAUGAGAAGAAGCUUAGCCCAACACCAGAAACAGGGGCAGACCUGUGGGCAGGUUUUGUCAAAAGGUAACAAAAUUAAACUUAUAAGCACCUCUAAAGCUCACUAAUUAACAUGUAAUAUAUUGCUUGUUCAAUUAAAAAAACAAACAAGCAAACAAAAAACACCACAGCAUAAAUGCCAUUUGUGGUUUCAUUUUGGGUGCCUGAUUAUUUCUUUCCUGAAUAUGCCAACAUGAAGUUGCCAUGCAACCAGUGGAGACUACAGUUACCAAGAAAAAUCUUGGUGCAUAAUCUCCCAUAAAUCCACAAUGUAUUUGUUCUUAAGCCUUGGAGGUUCUGGUAGGUGGAUUUUGUUACCUCUGGAGAAAAUCAGGCCAGCUGUUUCCCCUCAUUUUUGCUCUUUGUGCAAAGUCAAGGUAACCAACUCCUGGCUGUUGCUUCAUACAGAUGUGAGACUGCUGUACAUCUUAUCUGCCUCUAAUCUAGAAAGCAUAUGUCUACUAUUGAAUUAAACAGGAGUGCACUGAAUAAGUUGUCCAAAGUAAGUUUAAACAAUAUUUUAAUUCUUCCAUCAAUAUGCUUCUUGUGACUAUUGAUCAUAUUUCUUAUAGACACAGGAGAUGAUGGUUCAGGUCGACAGAAGUUAUAGAACUGGACAAAUGUGGUGCCUUAUUUGUUCUUUUAGAUAAAAAGGUAUGGAGCUAGUAUGAAUGGGGCUGAUAUUAAUAGGCAAUUGGUGCUUCCUCACAAAAUGGUGACUGCAACAUGUCAAACUGUAUUACCUCUGGGGCAGGAAAACCUUCCAUGACAGUUGUGUGGUUGAAAACAAUGGGGAAAAAAGACCAUGUAUCAACGUUGCUGAUGAAUAAGCAGGAUAAAAGUUUAUUACUCAAUAAAACUUUUCUCUCUGA